GCGGAUUACAACCUCCAGCGUCCGCGCGCACAUCUGCCUGGAUGUUUACGUAAGACGAGGCUUCCAUGUUUGUUGCCACUACAUCUAAGCUUUUCGGUCUUUUUUAAUUAUUUUUCAUCCAUUCAGAAUUUCACCCCAGACGCCUGAGCGCUUUUCUGUCCUGUCGCUUUAACCUGGAAACUACUGGACCACGCUGUGACUGGUCCGCAUUCGCCAUAUCUCAUUCCUUCGUACGAAAGGAGCGUUUUCUCGUCGCCGACGACCUCGCGACGGCCACGGCACUGACAUCAGAGUCAGCAUGUAGCGCGCGAACCGCCGGACAACCCCGCGUCUCCAUCGCCUGCACGACCUUCACUAUGAGCGACACGGAUGCGCCGGCGUUAGCGGCACCGUUGCUGUAUCCUAGCCCGAGGACGCUCUGGAUGUAGAAUAACCAAGAACGCUGUGUGUGUGUGUGUGUGUGUGUGAGAGAGAGAGAGAGAGAGAGAGAGAGAGAGAGAGAGAGAGAGAGAGAGAGAGAGAGAGAAAAAGAGAGGGUGUGUAUGUGUGUGUGUGUGUGUGUGUGUGCGGUGGAGUGAGUGAACAGAAUGGGGAAAGAUCAAGAACUCUUGCAGGCGGUGAAGACGGAGGACCUGCCAACAGUCCAGCGACUACUGCAGAGACCGAAACAGGGCAAAUCCAAGCUCCUGGGAGCUGCCAAGCGAGUGAAUGUCAAUUUCCAGGACACAGAUGGGUUCUCGGCCCUUCAUCAUGCAGCUCUGAAUGGUAACAUGGAGCUGAUAGCUCUGUUGCUGGAGUCACAAGCCAUUGUUGACAUCAGAGACCAGAAAGGGAUGCGCCCACUGCACUAUGCUGCCUGGCAGGGAAAAUGUGAGCCAAUGAAAAUGCUGCUAAAAGCAGGCUCGUCAGUCAACAGCCAAUCAGACGAAGGACAGAUUCCCCUGCACCUCUCGUCCCAACACGGCCAUUAUGAUGGAAGUGAGAUGUUGUUGCAGCACCAGUCCAACCCCUGCAUCAGAGAUCAUGCUGGAAAAACCCCGCUGGACCUCGCCUGUGAAUUCGGACGAGUCUCGGUGGUGCAGUUACUUUUGAACAGUAACAUGUGUGCUGCCAUGUUGGAGCCGAAGCCCUCCGAUCCCAACGGCAUCAGCCCCCUCCACUUGGCUGCCAAGAAUGGGCAUAUCGACAUAAUCAAGUUGCUGAUCCAGGCUGGUAUUGAUAUAAACAGACAAACAAAGGCGGGCACUGCACUUCACGAAGCCGCCCUCUGUGGGAAAACGGAAGCAGUACGGCUCCUUCUAGAUAGUGGCAUCAGUGCUAGCAUACGGAAUACAUAUUGCCAGACAGCACUGGACAUUGUUAACCAGUUCACCACCACACAGGCCAGUCGUGAGAUUAAACAGAUGUUAAGAGAUGCUUCUGCUGCCGUGCAGGUCAGGGCCCUUAAAGAUUACUGCAACAACUACGACCUAACGAGCCUCAACGUCAAAGCUGGUGACAUCAUCACGGUCCUGGAGCAGCACUCCGAUGGCCGAUGGAAAGGCUGUAUCCACGACAAUCGCACAGGAAACGACCGUGUGGGCUACUUCCCCUCUGACAUGGUGGAGGUCAUCAAGAGGGCAGGACCCUCUACUCAACAGUAUCUUAAGAUACAGAUCCGUCCGCUGGCAAUUGGCUCAGUUGCCAUGGUGAACGGUGACUCCUCCCACAUUCUCUCUUUGCCCCUGACUGCCCCACCCCCUUCUACCCUGAUCUCUUUCCAUCAGCCCCUCUUCACCUCAUUUGGGUAUAACACACCCACCUGCAGCUCAUUUGCGUAUGAACCUCCCUCCUCCUGCUCAGAGGAGCCGAAAAAAGAGACAGGUUCCAGAGGGUCAGUGUCAAGCCCUCAUGGGUCUCCCACUCUAAGUGGUCAGCAAAGCACUGCUAGUGAGGAGAUAUGGGUACUAAGGAAACCUCUGGCAGGCGGCGGCAGUGCUGGUAGCAUGGGCAGCACGGGCAGUCUGACUGGCGGCCGCUCGUCUGUUGGUGGACCGAUGGACAACGCCAAUGCUCACCUGGCCAGUUCACCUGUGCCUGUGCCGACCACUCCCACACAUUCACCGGGGGUCAACACACAUGGGCUCAAUGUGCCAGGACUGCAUGCACAGGCAGAGGGGGUAAAGUUGUUGGCCACAGUGCUGUCUCAGUCAGCAAAAGCGAAAGAACAUCUCCUGGAACAGUCGCGCUCUGUAGACCAGUGCACAGUUUCCUCACAGCUUACUUUGAGUGCACCUGAGAAGAAGAAACCAUUUGUGGAUCCUUUACUGCAGAGGAAGGACAGUGCUUCAACAGAGAGCAAGAGCUCAGAGGCAGUUGCUGAAUGGCUAACUAGUGCUCAGCUGCAAUUUUACACAACAAACUUCCUGACUGCUGGAUACGAUCUACAUACAAUCAGUAGAAUGACUCCAGAGGACCUCACAGUGAUUGGGGUGACAAAACCUGGACACAGGAAGAAGAUGUUGUCAGAGAUCAGCAAACUGAAUGUCCCUGACUGGAUACCUAAAGAAAAGCCUGCCAACCUGGCAGAGUGGCUGUCUCUGAUUGGACUGAGUCAGUACUACCAGACUCUUGUUCAGAAUGGGUAUGACAACAUGGACUUUGUCAGUGACAUCACUCUGGAGGACUUGCAGGAAAUUGGCAUCACCAAGCUGGGACAUCAGAAGAAGUUAAUGUUAGCUGUUAACAGACUGGGAGAACCUCAAAAAGAGGAAGAAGCUUCCAACACAGAUGUCCAACCCAGUGAAAGCACAGAUUCAAAACAAGAAACCACCAUUGAUGUCAUAAGUACUGUAGUGGAGGUCAAAUCCACCCCUGCUCCAAGGACACGCAAGGGGUCAGAGGGGCGUGGCUCUCCCCGGCACAUCUCACAAGGGCGGGGCAUACAGAGAGCAAAUGCCCCUCCUCCACUCAAGAAGCCUAUGUCAAAUGAUAGUCCUGCCCCACCAUACAUGCCCACUAAAGGCAAAGCCACAUCCCUUCACUCACACUCACCCACAUACUCCCCAGGGUCGCCCAUGAAAAUACAGAGCAGGAUGAGGGUCCCCAGUGACUCCAACCGCACUCAGUCUCACACCGGUACAGUGCCAUUACUCUGCCUUCCUCUUGAAGGUGGAGUGGACGAAGAAGAGGAGCAGACUCCCCCUUUGCCUAGACGGGUCACUCGAGGUGGGCCGCCCAGAGUGGCUGAAGCAGAACGCGUGAACGAAGAGCGACCCUUGCCCAUUUUAUCAGUAAAAUAUGCCACACUAGGCACAGUCGACCACAGCCAUCCAACUAGAGCUCUUAGUGAGACACUAGACACUGGCAGCGUCAACCGCAGCCAGUCGUUUGCUACGACUCGCCCUCGCAGGAGGACACGCCCCCCCACCCCACCUAAACGUUCAUGUUCCUCUAUUUCCACCGGUAACCUGGCAGAUGAUGUGGCUCUGGCUACCGAGGGCGGGGCUAGAAAAGGCGGACCUAGUGAGUCGUUCCUUAGUGUGACAUACCGUGAGCGGCGCCGCAGUGACUGCGGCAUUGCCUCUGAAUCAAGUGCAUCUGGGGGCAGUGUUAGAGACAUUGCUGCCAUGCUCGAAAUGUCCAAAUUGGGAGAUGUAGCAAAAGGAGCUGUCUGUGUACAGGCAAGCUUGGACCUCCUACGGCAUAACCGUGACGCUCUGAGCUUGGAGGCAGACAUACAGAGCCGGCGUCGCACCAUCAGCGGUCCUGUCCCCAGCUACACUGACUCUAACUCCCUGCUUGAUGGAAGCCGAGAAAGUGACAACACUCCCUGUAUUUACACAACACACAGAGUACUGGAUGCACCCCGGGAAACGCCUCCAUCAAGGCAGGCCCCGGAGCCCCGCCCACGCUCCAUGCUCAGUCACCUGGAAGGAGGCAUUGCCUCCCUCCCUCAGGAGGAGUGGUCACGUGUGGAUGCCACAGCAACCCUGCGGAGGCCCCGCCCACCACACAGCUCAGACGGGGAGAAGUUCAAGCUCACAGAGACGGGUACUGUCCGGCGCCGGCCCAAGGUGCUAGCUCCCCCAGAGGGUAAUGACACCGAUGGGAGCAGGCUGGAGUUUACCUGCAGGAGGCCUGUGUUGGAAGUGUGUGCCAAGGAAGGCAGCAGCGAAACAGAAGUGCAGCCAGACGAUUUCAGGCGAGUGCUGAAGCCUGUUGUCUCACCUAAACCAGCAGUGACCCUCAGGAAGCCUGACCCUCCCACUCCCACUAAGAGGGUCCCACUGCCUGAUUCAGAGGGCCAGCACAGCCCCGUGGAUGUCAAAAAAGUUCCACCACCAGUAUCUCCAAAGCCAAGCCCACCUCCCACACUCCCCAAACCAGUCAAAAUAAAGCCACUACCAGCUCCUGUACCCAUCGCUGCUUCUCAGACACACACACUCACCAAAACCAGUUGCUUAAACACACAUAAUUCCUCCCCUACCACUGUUCUCCCUGAGCAGCUGGACUACCUGAUUUAUACUACAGUUGUCCCAAAGCCAGCAGAAGCUCACACUCUUUCCCCAUGGGCAGCAAGUUCACCUACUCAGAGCCCUCAGACACCCCAGACACCACAAACCCCACAGACCCCGUCCACCCCUGGGUCCGGCUCUGCCCCGGUCAAGCCACCCAGGUCCUCCAUGGCAGGCCUCUCGGUGGAUAUUCCCAGCCCCGUGGAGGCGGAGCUGACAGGGGCUGAAGCGGUGCAGCAGAGGACGAGGGAGGAGGAGAGGCUGAGAGAUGAAGAGGAGCACAAGAGAGAGAGGAAAGAGGAGCUAGCAGUUAGGAUGGAGGCAGCUGGUCAAAGCCAUGCGAAGGCAGCUCCUGGAUGGGAAUGUGCAGACGCCUUAGGCUCAGAAGGAAGUGAUGUCACAUGGAGCGCGGAAAGCUCAGGGCAGAUGGUAAUAAGGAAGAAGAAAGUGGGCAUGGCCAGACAGAUACAGGUUGAGGGAGAAAUUCAAGGUGGAAGGCAAGGUGGAAGUGUAAAGACAGAGGCAGUGCAGCAAGGGGAACUGGAGACUGAGGGUUUGAUCGAAGCAAGGUGCUUGAUUGGAGGCCAUGCGUCAGAAACCAUGACACAGCUCAGACUGGAGGAGACGAGUGCCUCCUUAGCUGCUGCUCUGGAGGUCGUAGAGGAAAAGAUCAAAGAUGACAAGUCUGCAGUGGAAAAUAAGACCACAGUCAACAUUCUGGAUGACAUCGGAAGCAUGUUUGAUGACCUAGCUGACCAGUUGGAUGCCAUGCUGGAUUAAAGAAAAGCAAAAGGUGCAUCACAGGAAGACCUGCCAAACCUAGACUUCUUCUGGUGUCUAGAUGUUAACCUGGUUAACCACACCCCAGUGACAGGGGAAGCAAAUGGCAAUUAAAAAUGCAUUUGUUGAUUCCAAUGAGAAGAGUCAUGGGGCUUCUGGGAUGUGAAGUUCUUUGAGGUAUGAAGAUUUUGAGGUAUGACGUUUGAGAUUCUAAAACGCUAAACAGGUUUGGAGUCUGGAAUUCAAAUUAGGCACCCAGAAUUGUCAGUAUCAACCUGAAUAUUCCUGCCCUUUCUUGUUCAUGCUUGUCCAAGACUUGGAGCAAUGGUGUCCGCUUGAGCUAGGAGGUACUGACUGCUAACAUGCUGCUUCCAGAGAUAAGCACAAUUUAACGCUAACAAGCUAUUUAAAUGCCAUUUAGUUUGAGAAACACUAGCAAAGGGCGUGUGCAGCAUUUCGUGUACGCAUUUGUGUGCGCGUGUGUGUGUGUGUGUUUGUGUGUGUAUGUGUGUAUGCGUGGGCUUGGUGUUUCCUUUAAUGAUGUUAUAGUCUGUGGCUCUAUCAACCAUUGUGUAUUCGUUUUUAAAUGAUCAAUGGAAUCUUAAACAUUUAUUGUGCUUUCUGAGAAACCAGCUACAGGUUUUACUAUGGCUUGUAACUAACUUCAAAGGGGAACUCCAGAAUAAAUUCUAAUUUUGCUAUUUGCUCUUCUCUUUUGGAGGUGGGUGGACAUAACUGAUUGGUGUAAACUAAAAAUCUAAAACAAGAAAACCCAUUUAUUGAUCCUGAGAAACUUGGAAAUGUUUCUCUUGGAUUUCUGGGUUCCCUUUUGAGUAUAUAACUUAAUGAACAAGAUCUCUGGACAUUGAAAUAUAUUGUGAUCUUUAUGUUGUCAUUGUUGUUGUUAGUGUGCGUGAAUGUGUGCCGGUGUUUAAUUGUGUAGUUUUUGCAUCGACAAAUCCCACCUUUCAGCACAUAGAGUGAUGUAAUACAUAUAGAUAUAGACAGAAUGUUGAAUAAGAUGCUGGAUGAUAUAGUGUAAAUAUGAUACUUAGAUAACAAAUAUCAUUAAAGUAGAUUUUGGAAUGCAUUGACAUGGAAUGCAACAGGCAGCCACUCACUCCCAGUCAAUGUGAUGAAAUAAGAGUUGUGCGUGUCUGUGUGUGAGUGUGAGAAGUGAACUCUCUGUGUGUGUGUGUGUGUGUGUGUGUG